AUGUACGAUGUACCAAUGGUCGGAAAAGAUCGAAAGAAAUUACGUAUCCGAUUAUAUAUUCCUCAAAGUUUGGAAAUAUUAUCAAAUAAUGAGAGAUCUUUGCUAAACGCUCAGAAAUCUAAAGAAUCCAAUGAAAUUAGAUAUAUCCCAUACAUUCCAUCACUUCUUAACCCUAAUAGGCCAGAAUUAUUAAGAUGUGUGAUCGAUUACUACCCAAGCAAGAGACACGAAAAUUGUAUUUAUAAAACGCAACAAAGAAAAAAGAGGUUUACAAAAAAAACGACGUCUAAAUCAAAGACAUUUAAUAUAAUUAAUAAUAAAAAAAAUGAAGACUUAAAAACUCAAUAUAAUAAUGGAUUUGAUUACGAUGAACCAAUUACACAACAAAAUAUCAAGGUUUUUCAUCAUAGUUUAAUUCAACGACCAAGAACUACCAAACAAAACCUCACACCUGAGCAAGUUUUACAUUCUGCACGUGAUGAGCUAGGAUGGAGACGAAAGACAAAAAUUAAAUUUAAUACCAAAUUUGCAAAUAAUUAA